UCCGUUGAUGGCCUUAAAGUAAUUCUCUAUAACCUUUCAACUUCAAUUUAUCUUCGAUGUUAUUGUUGUCGUUAUUAUUUGUUAAUGGACCAACUCAACCAAGACUCUAUCAUUAUUAUUGUCAUUUUGAUGUAAUUGUUUCCUGGAGUUUUUUUUUUUUUAUUUGUAGUUUUACUGGGGUAAUGAUGUAAGUGGAUUUGAAAUUCUUAAUGUACAAUCAUAUUUUUUGUAAGGCCUUAUAAUUUUAAAAGACAAAAAGGGGUAUGAUUUAGAGUAUCCAACUUUAUUAAUGGCGGAACAUUUUUAAGGGUAUUGGAGUAAUGUUAAAGUUAAUAUUGAUUGACACAAUUUUUUUUUUUUUUAAAUAUCAAUUUGUAAAGCUUAAAAUUACCUUUUUUUGGAUGAAAAAUCAUAAUGUAUAUGAUAAAACAAUAGAAAAACUUUUACAUAAGUUUAAAUGAAAUCAUGAACAUUUUAAAAUUAAAUUCUUUAUUUGGACUUGAAACAGGUCUUACAUAUGGACAGGAAUGACUAUUAUGGAGGAGCUUCAACUUCUCUCAAUCUCAAUCAGCUUUGGAAGCGCUUUAGGGGUGAUGACAAGCCUCCGGAAAGCUUAGGUCCAAGCAAAGAGUACAAUGUUGACAUGAUACCUAAGUUCAUGAUGGCGAAUGAAGUAUUGGUUCGUAUACUCAUCCACACCGAUGUCACUAAAUAUCUUAAUUUUAAGGCAGUGGAUGGUAGCUUUGUGUACAACAAAGGCAAGAUUUACAAGGUGCCUGCUACAGAUGUUGAAGCUCUGAAGUCCCCUUUGAUGGGGCUUUUCGAAAAGAGACGAGCUAGAAAGUUCUUUAUUUAUGUGCAAGAUUAUGAAGAUAAUGAUCCUAAGUCUCACGAAGGGUUGGAUUUGAACAAGAUUACUGCAAGAGAUCUUAUUUCAAAAUAUGGGUUAGAGGAUGAUACAAUUGAUUUCAUUGGUCAUGCCUUGGCACUUUAUCUGGAUGAUAGUUACUUGGAUCAACCUGCCAUAGAUUUCGUGAAGAGAAUGAAGUUAUAUGCAGAGUCUUUGGCUCGAUUUCAAGGAGGAUCUCCUUACAUCUAUCCACUGUAUGGACUUGGAGAAUUGCCUCAGGGAUUUGCUCGUUUAAGCGCAGUUUAUGGUGGAACCUACAUGCUCAACAAGCCAGAUUGUUCGGUAGUUUUUGAUGAUAGUGGGAAAGCAAUUGGAGUAUCCUCUGAAGGAGAAACUGCUAAAUGCAAGAAAAUUGUUUGUGAUCCAUCAUAUCUACCUGAUAAGGCAUGUAAGGUUGGAAGAGUAACGCGUGCUAUAUGUAUAAUGAGUCACCCAAUCCCAGAAACCAAAGAUUCACACUCAGUUCAGGUGAUCCUGCCACAGAAGCAACUUGGUCGAAAAUCAGACAUGUAUGUAUUCUGCUGCUCUUACACUCAUAAUGUUGCUGCUAGUGGGAAACACAUUGCAUUUGUUACAACUGAAGCUGAGACUGAUAACCCAGAGGCUGAGCUAAAUCCUGGCAUCGAUCUUCUUGGACCGGUAGAUGAGAUAUUUUUCGAUACAUAUGAUAGAUAUGAGCCUACAAACCAGCCUGAAUCUGAUAGCUGCUUCAUAUCUACUAGUUAUGAUGCAACAACACACUUCGAGUCUACUGUGAAGGAUGUGAUCGCGCUGUACAGCAAAAUUACUGGAAAGGAACUUGAUCUCACUGUGGACCUCAAUGCUGCAAGUGCUACUCCUGAAGAAUGAGUGGUUUCUUAAGUAAUAUUGGCUAUUUGUGGUGUUUAAAAGCUAGCAUAAAGUACUCAAAGAUCGCUUAGCCUACCAUUUUUUUCAAUUGUCCUUCCUCCUUUUGCUAGAUAAAGUGUAUGUUCAAUUUUUUUUGAUGUAUCUGUAAAACUUAAGUUUUGCUAAAUUAAUGUACUGCAACUUUAUUAUGUACUACAUUUUUGUAACAAAUUAGAUCAUACAAGCGAGUGCAUGAUAUGCAUCCCGUUUUCUAAAUAGCAUAUCGUUCAAAAAAAGAACACUAAAUUAAAAAUAGAAAAAACAUACCUCUACUUC